AUGGCCGUCGUACAAACUCGGCCCUACAGGCGAAUCCUGACUUCGGCCUUACACCGAAGAUUUGUUCAUGCGUCUGCCCUUUCACUGCUGGUCUCUUAUAUUAUCGCAAUUGCGAUCGGGGAGAAAUCGUCCUUGUUCUGGUUAUGGUUUCCCUUCGGUAGUUGCGGUGUCCGAACCGCGCUACUCUUCAUAUCCUCUCUCACCAUUUUCGUCCUCCGCGUCAGUCAAAUGCACAUCGGCUCGAGAACAGCUAGCUCCUCGUUCGACAUUUUCAGAUCUCUCACCCUGUUACAAAUUGCGCAAACAUUUGGCUGGUACAUCUUCUCAGCAUGGUGGUUCACCGUGGUUUAUGUGUGGUCGUCUUCAAGUGAUUCCAACCUCGAGCUUGUGAAACGGGGCAGGCCACACGAGCGACCGACCCUGAAUGAAAGGCCGAUUUACCUUCAUUCCUUCCAUAUCUUCUUAGCAUGUGUGCAAGCAGUGUUUCACCUCUACUAUGACUACGACCGCAUUGCAGUGCCCAUCGUGGAUAAAAAUCCAUAA